GUGAAAGUAGAACUUGUAAAUAUAAUAACUUCCGGUUGAAAGUCGAGUGUGAAGAUCGUAGCUAACACAGCGUAACAAAUUUCCUAAAUACAUUAGGACCUGAACAUGUUUGGGGCAGACCUUCCGUACAACAUGUACAUACAGGAAGAAGAGUCCAAGGUCAACGACGGCUGGAACUUUGACCUUGAGGACUACCUGGCCCCCCACAGUCAGGUGCCCCACCCCUGGAACCGACAGACCGCGGGAGAGUCACACUUAGAUAUGGACUUCAUACUUGUGGCAGAGUUUUCUGAACUAGAAGGACCAAGAGAGGUGUUGACAAUUCCAAGAGGAGGGUCUAGUAAUUUCAACAUCACAGAUUUCUCUGUCAGAAUUAUGUCCCUUGAUCACCAGACCACAACUAAGCAAGGUUUCCAUCUUAUAGAUGAUUCUCAAGUCACAUUUUCUGAGAUCAAAGACAGCGUGUUUGCCUUUGUUCACCAUUUUGCUUUGUAUGACCGCCAUGCUCGUGGCUAUGUCCGACCCUUUGCCAUCAGCUACAUUACCCCCGAUAGCAGAAAAUUGCUUCAGUUUUAUGAAGAAAUUAGCCAGCAGAUGAAGAAGGUUGUGAGGUACUUGAAAUACGGAAAUAAACUGGUGUUUAAGAAUAGCUUAGAAAUGCAUCUGAUGGACCUCCACUAUACAAAAGCUGAGAUGCUGUUAAGGAUGAGAUCACGGAAAUCUUCGCACCAAGUGAGCGAUGAAGAUGUCUGCUACAAGAAUCUUAGAACUCUGGAGGCCAAUAUCACAGAGACGCAGAAUGUCCUUCACACCAUCAAACUAUCACUGGUGGAUAAAAAAUUAGAGCACAGGUUUGCGCGUCUUGAAGAGAAGGCAAAAAUUGAAACACCACGAGUGAAGUCUGAUUCCUGGAGCCUCCAAGAGUGGGAGGAGAUAGAGGCCACAUACUCUGUCUCCAAUGUAUCAGGUUCCUAUGACGGAUCCACUUUAUCUGACAAUACCACAGGGUGGACUCUCUUCCCAGACACCAGAUACUACAGGCCCAAGACUGUGAAGAUUUCCUCUGGACGUCAGUUUGAUAUCCAUCUGCAAGGCCUGCAUGAACUGUGUUCCUGGGGUCAUAGAGAAGGAAUGCAGAAACUGAGGCAUUUAUACCAGUUCUUCAAGAGAGAUAUGGCUGUCCUUCAAGUUGAAAGUAAUGACAAGACUUUCAUAGAUCCAGGUCCCUCUGCCCUGUACUUUGGGGAGGAUUGCAUUGGAGUCAAUCUUCUGACUGGUGUAGACAAAAAAUGUAUGGGCUGCCACUGUCUUCAAGCUGAUAUACCAGGACUGCUCUUCAACAAAUGCUCAUCUAUUGAGUCCCUGAGCUUCAAAUCAGCAGCCAGCUCAUUCCGCUCCGUGAAUGAUGAUGACGCCGAGUCCAUGAAGUCAGCCAUUAGUGCAACAGGAUCCCCAGUAGUGAAUUUUGGUCUUUACAAUGAAAAUGAUGUGCCAAAUACCUUUGAGCUUGAAAAAGACAGUAUAGACUUGUACUCAAAUAAUGAAUUCAUCCGACACCUGACUUUCAAAAUACAACAACUAGACAUUGACAUUUCUAAAGAUGAACCCAUGGGGUCCAUUGAGAAUGCAGAAGAUAGUACAACCAUUGACAAUGUGAAGAAGUUUGUUGAAAGCUGUGGGGAUGGAAACAAAGAGAGGAGUCUGGAUGACGUUGAAAAGUCAGAAAAAGGCAACGGUGCUAUAUCAGAAAUGGUGGUGUCAACUUCCACUCUUCUUGGGGAAGACUUUGAGGAAAGAAGCAGUGGAACUUCUGAUCAUGAAGACUUUACAUGUGAAUGUGAUCUCAGUGAUGUAGAGACUGAAGGCAUGAGAGAUAGGCUACACACAUUGACUGCUGAAAAUGUAGGUCAGCUGGAGUAUGAAAAAGAGGCAAAGAAUGAAAAGGAGGCUGGAAGCAUAAAGAUUGCUCCUGAAAUAGAGAAGACCUCUGUGUUAGCACAAUCCAUAAAAAAUGAAUCCAUGCUUGAAAGAGAUUCAGAGGGCAUGACCAGCUACUACUUAAUCAGGCAAAACAUUGAAAACCUGAUUCCUGUUGACUUUGACUCACCAGAACAGGAAUCCACCCUUUUUACUCCCAACGCAGACAAUAAUUCCCCAGAUGCAGAUAAUUUGGCUUGUGGGUUUGGGAUUUUACACAUCAUGACAAAGUAUGCCAGUAUCAAGCAUGUGAUAUACUCUAUUCUGAUUGGUCGAUCUGUAAUCGUUGUGGGGACACCUGAUUUGGAAGGAGAGGUCAAGAACAUUGUUAAUGCUCUGAAAAUAUUCCUAACCUCAUAUCACAGGAAUCACAAAAGUUUUAUUCCAUGGACCAAAUGUCUACCCAGUUUAUAUAAGAUGACAGACCUAAAAUUAGUUGGAGUUUGUCGCCCUGAAAGGAAACCAUUUGACAGGUUCAUUCCAUCAGCAAUCAAGAAACUUUGCACUGUUUUUGAUGUUAAGAGAAGAGAGAUUUUUUGUCCAGUUUAUCAGGGCUAUUAUCUGUCUCUAUUAGACAACAGAGUCAGGAAUUACAAAAUGGAGGAAAUGUUAACGACCUUGAUAAAAUCGAUAAUGGUGGAGAUAUCCUCCAAGGCUUUCAUUUACUUCCAUUCCUUCUGUAUUGGUCCUGCUGGAGUGGGAAGACAGGACUACAAAUUCCUUCAACAGCAGAGCUCUUCGUUCCAAAGAAGGGUGUCAAAUUUCAUGGCCAAAAUUGGUGUCCAUGAUUCGGAUGCUCACAUCAUUGAGUUUUUAUGCGAGACUAUCAAACAACAGCUCAUUCAGGACCACUUUCAAACCAGAGCCAGUGUGUCACACAUGCCGGAAAGACCACUAGCUACUCAUAAUGACCUUUGUUGCCAAAUGAUGAAAUGUUGACAGCGAUGUCGCUUUAAGAAGUGCAAUACUUGAUUUUUAUUCACAACAUUUGCUCUUUUCAAACGUUUUUGACAUUCUAUCAUCUUUCGUCCACAAAUUAAAGUUCCACACAAAUAUGUAGAAUCUGGUGGAGACUUUGUCGAAAAUUAAAACUAUUUUUUUCAACUUAUUCGGUAAAAGGAAAUUUUUCAGAUAUUUCAUAUCAUAUUCAGCUCCUCUAAAAUAAAAUUUCUUGUAACAUACAUGACAACUUCUUUCAAAAAUGUAAAGUUAUGGGAACAACAUUGAGUCUUAACACGUAUUUAGUUUAGGCUUGUCCUUAAUUCCAGAAGUGAAAUGAUAUCGUGAUAUUUGUGUUCCGUCAGAAGCAAUUUUACUUAUUUAUCUUGUCACAUGAAACAGAAAUUAAAACUGUUUUAUUAAAGGUGA